AUGAAUGAUGAAAAAUUUAUAUCUUUGGUGGAGGCAAAUAAGGAGCUGUAUGACAAGGCUAAUCCCUAUUAUAAGUUCCAUGGAAGAAAAAAAAGUAUUUGGGAGCAAAUUGGCGAGGAGUUGCACACAAGUGGUGAGCUGUGUAUGCGGAGGUGGAUAGCUCUCCGUGACCGGUAUGGCAGAGAAGUCCGAAAAUCUGCAGCACCAUCAGGCAGUGGCGCGGAGUAUUAUAAACCGUGGUAUCUGCUUGAAUGUAUGCAAUUUUUAAAGCCCCACCUGAUUCCUCGUCCAACUCGCUGUUCCCAAAACGUGUGUCCGGAGGUGGCCGUGCCGACACCUGAGAUUGUGGAUUUCGUGCCCUCACCUUCUCCACCGAUAUAUGUGCCUCUGCCAUCGCCAUCGCCUUCAGCCACUGCGUGUUUGGACUCACCGUCGACACCAAUAAUGGUAUCUCCACAUCGCCACCAUCACUCAUGCAAGCUUCAUCUCCGUCAUCUUCGUCACCUGCUCCACCCCAGUGAUGUUGAGAAGAACUUGUUGAAAGCCAUUGACAUCUUCAAAAAAAAGUGUCUGCAAACGGAUAAUGAAUGCAGCAACCCAACAGUGGACUCAUUUGGAAAAAUGAUUGUCACUAUGAUUUCCAAAAUGAGUGCAGCUAAACAAACCCGGACCAUGCAAUGA